GUUUUAACCAUACAAAAAAAGGUUUGAGUUUUUGCAUAUAAGAAGGUAUCAGAAUGCAGAGAAAAGCAUAUUACUUUUUUGUUUUUUUAGAUUGCAUACUAGUACUGUUUUCUUUGUCAAUUCUAAUUAGGCUUUAAAAAAUUUCAAAAGAAACUUUUUUUAAAAAAAAUACUGCAAUUUUUCCCCCUUUGGAUCUGUCUUAUAAAGUGGGGCAAAAUCAAAAUUGAAGAGCUAAUUCGUCAGUGGCUUCCCUGUGGUUAUACUCUAUGCAAAUGGGGCUUAUGAAAUCAAAGGCAUAUUCAUGAAGAUGCAUGUGGAAGCUUUGGGUUUUAAAUUUAGAUAUUGGUGAUUGAGUUCUUGUUGCUGGAAUUGGCUUAUACAUACAAAGAGGACGAGCCAUUGGUGACACAGUGAAAAUGGAAUGCAAUAAAGAAGACGCCUUCAGAGCUAAGGAGAUGGCAGAGAAGAAGUUCAUUGAGAGGGACAUUGCAGGGGCCAAAAGAUUCGCAAUGAAGGCUCAAAACUUGUUUCCUGGACUUGAUGGUCUCUCCCAAUUUCUAGCAACUCUUGAUGUGUACAUUUCUGCUGAGGUAAGAACUAAUGGGGAAAUAGAUUGGUAUGGAGUUCUUGGUGUAGAUCCAUCGGCUGAUGAAGACACAAUCCGGAAACAUUAUAGGAAACUGGCUCUAAUUCUUCAUCCUGAUAAAAAUAAAUCGGUUGGUUCUGAAGGGGCUUUUAAGAUUAUAUCUGAAGCCUGGAGUUUCUUGUCUGAUAAAGCCAAGCGAAGUGCCUAUGACCAGAAGCAGAAAUUGUGCGGUAUGUAUCAGAAUGUUCCAAAUUUUAAAUCCUCAAUGCCAGCUGGUCAGAAUGGUUUCCAUAAUUUCUUCAGCAAUAACAAGUCAAAUGCAACAACUCAGAACAGUGCCUUGCAUCCAAAGUCUGCUCCACCUCCUCGUUUUCCCAAGUCUAGGACCUUUUGGACAAUCUGCAAUUUCUGUAGAGUACAAUUCGAGUACACUAGAACUUUUGUCCACCACACCCUUCUUUGCCAUAACUGCAAACGUUCCUUCUUUGCUGUUGAGAUGCCUCCCCCACCUAUAAUUGGCAAUAGUCCAUUCACUGCAUGGACUUCUUACAUGCAAGGACUGAAUUCUACUCAGCAAACAAGGACUGAAAACUCAUCUUCUUCAGGAAUGAAGCCAGUUUCUAGAACAAAUUUAGGACCAGUUAUUCAGUCAAGCACAUUUGCUAAAGUGGGCAGUCUUGCAGGUGUGCCAUCAGCUGCUCCAGCAACUGGUGUAAGAGGGGAAUAUAUAUCAAAAGGAGAUAGGCUGAAGAAGAAAAGACGCAUUGAUGAACAUAGGAUGAACCAUACAGCCAAUCAAAUGGCAAACAGAAACAGAGGAGUUCAGACUCAAAAAGAGAGUUUUGAAACAGGAAGGGAAAACAUUGCCAAAAGCCAUACAUUUAAUAGGAAGAGGGAGUUGUCUCAGCUAGAACUUCGAAACAUGUUGAUUGAGAAGGCUAAGAAGGAUAUUCGCCUCAAGCUAAUGGACUGCAGCAUUCCAUCUGCUGUGUCAAAGAUUUCAGAGAAGGAGAUGGAGAAGAAAGAGAAAGGAAAGCAGAAGGCUCCUCUAAAUAGCAUGAACAGUGAUGGAAACAAAUGCCCAGAGUUUGUAGAUACAAACACCAGAGCUCACACAGAUUCUUCCCUGGCCAACUCUAAUGACGAUCCUGACACAAAGGGUACUGAUCCAUCAUUAUCAAUGACUGUUCCAGAUCCAGAUUUUCAUGAUUUUGACAAGGAUCGCACAGAAAAAUCAUUUGGUGAUAACCAGGUUUGGGCUGCUUAUGAUGAUGAUGAUGGGAUGCCUCGAUAUUAUGCUAUGAUUCACAGUGUGAUAUCGAAUAAACCAUUCAGAAUGCAGAUCAGUUGGCUUAAUUCCAAAAACAAUCGUGAAUUGGGCCCAUUAAAUUGGAUUGGUUCUGGUUUUUACAAGACCAGUGGAGUCUUCUGGAUAGGCAAGCAUGAAGUUAGCGAGUCUCUUAAUUCUUUUUCACACAAGGUUAAGUGGGCAAAGGGCACUAGAGGGACAGUUCAAAUAUAUCCUAGGAGGGGAGAUGUCUGGGCUCUUUAUAGGAAUUGGUCUCCCGAUUGGAAUGAGCUUACCCCAGAUGAAGUGAUACAUAAAUAUGACAUGGUGGAAGUGCUUGAAGAUUACGAUGAGGAGAGAGGCGUGACUGUUGCUCCUCUUGUUAAAGUUGCUGGUUUCAAGACAGUGUUUUGCCAGAAUUCUGACUCCAGUAAAACCAAGGCAAUUCCAAGAGAGGAGCUGUUUCGGCUUUCUCACCAGGUUCCUUCUUACUUGCUGACAGGUCAAGAAGGUCUUAAUGCUCCCAAGGGCUGUUUGGAACUUGAUCCUGCAUCUAUGCCUUUGGAACUACUUAAAGUAUUUGCUCAAGUUCAGGAUGAAGAAAUGGGGGAGAAUGCUGAAAAGACUAAGGAUCCACUUGGGGAUGUUAAGAAAUCUGCUGAAGAACAGUUGGUGGAAGAUGGUGAAAUAAAGGGAAAAAAUGUGGUGAAAGAUGCAGCUAAAGAUGUAGCAGAAAUGAGGAGGGACAAGGGGAAGGAAACCAAGGUAGAAAAGUUAAUAGUGUACAAAAGGAGGCGAGAGAGGAACUAGGUCACAUAACAGUUAUAGCCGCAAAGGAAAAGAGUUAGAAAAGUCGACACACAAAUUAUUUAGCAGUUGUUCUCUUUCAAUACAUUGGUGGGUUACAGUUGCUCUUUUUUAAGUUAUGGCAUACCCCAGAGAAUCUCAGUUGCAUCCAUAGCACGAAAACAGAUUUUGGAAGGCUGGAAUUUACAAAACAGGUUACUGGAUAGUUAAUAGCUUAACAACCAAUAGGCUAAUUCGCUCUCCACCAUGCUUUCGUUAUGUUUUUGAAUACCCCCUAAAAGGAAGUUUUCGCAGCUGGUCAAUUUUGUGUCUCAGAGGCUGCACAUCUUUUCAAUAUAGCUUAAAUAAAUGCUUUACAAUCUGUAGUUCCUGAUAUAUAGAAACUUGAAAACAAAUUUUUUUUUUUUCUUCAUCUGCAUUACGUGCUGAAACUUUUUUCUUUAUUCUCCAGUAUUUGUGGUGUCAA